UUUUAUGCUACGUUUGUUAUCGCCUCGCUAACAACUUAUUCUAUUUCUUUUUAACAUGACAUUUAAUGCGGUAGACGUGCAGAGUUAAACCAAGGGGGUAGAUGCUGUCUAAUCUGUCCUGAGGUGGUAGAUGGGGUUGAUCAGUGUAAUUAAAUAGUACGCGAAUUUUAAAACCACCUGGGGUGAUUCAAAUGUGAUUUCCAUAGACCAUGAUACCAUUAAAGCGCAGGAAAAUAACACGUACUGAAAGCAACCAGGAUGAAACUUGUACAUUUUCCCAUGUGUCAAUUUUCAUCUUGGAGAGGAAGAUGGGGGCAUCUAGAAGAGCAUUCCUAAAACGACUGGCACGAAGCAAAGGAUUUCUCAUUAAAGAAAAAUACAGUUCUGCCGUUACACAUGUUGUAUCAGAAAACAACAGUGGAGAUGACGUCCAGGCCUGGCUGGACAACCAGAGCGGAGGAGACACAUCCACUUCUCUCCAACUGUUGGACAUCAGCUGGUUUACAGAGAGCAUGGAGGCAGGACGUCCUGUUACAGUUCAGGACAAACACAGAUUAAAGGUUAACCCAAAACCCAAUGGUGACGCUAAAGUUUUUACGAUGAAAAGUUAUGCGUGCCAAAGAAGAACACCCCUGAAGCAUCAAAAUGUAUUUCUGACAGAAGCUCUCGAGAUCCUGGCUGAGAAUGCAGAAUUUAGCAAGAAUGAAGGACGAAGUGUGGCGUUCACACGGGCAGCGUCGGUCCUAAAGGCACUUCCCCAUCGAGUGUACAGCAUGGAUGAGCUGAAGUGUUUGCCUUGCCUGGGUGAGCACUCACAGAGGGUUAUAAAGGAGAUUUUAGAAGAUGGAACAUCAAGGGAAGUGGAGUCAACAAGACAGUCUGAGCAAUUUCAGGCCAUGAAGGCACUGACUGGUAUUUUUGGGGUGGGUGUGAGAACGGCAGAUCGCUGGUUAAGGGAGGGUCUACGAUCUCCUUCUGACUUAAUCCAGACAGGACAACCGCUGAACCGUGCACAGCAAGCAGGAGUACAGUAUUACAAUGAUCUCCAGAAGCCUGUGACUAAAGCAGAGGCGGAAGUAAUCAGUGAUAUCGUACAGGAAGCUGUGCACGCUGUGCUCCUUGGAGCAGAGAUCCAGCUGAUGGGGGGAUUCAAGAGGGGGAAAGAUGUUGGUCAUGAUGUUGACUUUCUCAUAACACAUCCAGAAGAGGGCAAAGAGGAAGGACUGAUUGCCAAAAUCAUAAACUGGCUGGAGGAGAAGGGCUUAUUGUUAUAUCAGCAGACGUCCAGAAACUCUUAUUUGGAGAAAAUGGACGGCCCAGCUCGGCCACGUAGUAAUAUGGAUCGGUUUGAGAAAUGUUUCUCCAUAUUUAAGCUUCAGAGGUCUGCUGAGAGCACAGGAAGUGAAGCUGAAAGAUCCGUCAACCAAUCAGAGACCUCGAGCUGGCGAGCAGUACGUGUAGAUCUUGUGGUCAGCCCCUACAGUCAGUUUGCCUUUGCUACACUUGGCUGGACAGGUUCAAAGCUGUUUGAGAGGGAGUUGAGAAGGUGGGCAGGGCAAGAGAAGCACAUGUCUUUGAGUAGCCACGCCCUGUACGACAGCAAUCAGAAGUGUUAUCUCAGAGCUCAGACAGAGGAGGAGAUCUUUGCCUACCUGGGACUGGAGUUUAUUCCUCCCUGUGAACGGAACGCCUGAAUCGGUUCAUCCCUGAUUCACACUACACAUGUGCAUGUGUGCUUUCACCACAGAGCCUUACGUUUCCAUUAGACUGCACUCUUAAAUGCAUUUUAGCUCUCAAACCAGUUCUGAUCACAUCAAGAGUCAUAUAUUAAAGUUUAUUUAAAGUAAUGGUCAAAAGGCUGCUAUUUAUUUGCGAAGAUCAGAUAUCCAGACACUGUUUUAGUUUCAGCGUUCUACAUCAUAUCGAUUAUAUGUACUGUACUAACUUUGACACAAGCACAGUUUGAGGUUUUAACUUUUUAAUUCCUUGUAAAUCAGAUAUUGUAACGAGACAUUAUUUGUCUCUUUUGAAAAUUGAAAAUGAAGUUAUUUGUCAUAUUUUAUACUUUAUAAAGAUCAUUUUAAUUGCAACUCAAAAUAUGUCCCUUCAUUUUUUACACAAAGCACUGUUUUAAUUUGACAGUUAAUUUUUGUUGUUAUUGUUGUUUUUUAUUCAACUAAUUCGAUAUGUGGCCUUCAGUGUUUUCUUUUGGGGGGUGGGGGAUCAUGUAGGCCUGAUCUAAUCCCAUGUGUCUCAAGGCCAAAGUUUACUUUGGGUGUUCACGUUGCUGAUCCCUCCGUGCACAGUAUGUGUGAUGCAAAUAAUAUAGUAAAACUAUUGUAGAAAUAUAAGGUAGACCAUCAUUCCUUUGGCACUUUCUUGCCUGUGCAAUACACUUAAAUGUGAUACACGUGAAUCAAUCUCUUGGAGGGCUUACAGGUUUGUCAGAGAGAGUAUUUUCUGCAUGUGUAUUCAUCUUUAGGAUGUUAAAUAUGUUAAGUCUGCAGGAUGCAUUUGUGGUCUCCAGUAUUUGCACCUGGAUCAUUUUGACCCGAUUUCCCCAACCGCCAUGCAUCUUUACAUACUGACUGUAUAUUUUUUGCGCCGUCCUUCCUUACUGUUAACAGAUGUCUCUGUCUCUGCAGGGGUUCUUUCAUGUAUGAAUUCACCUCUGCUUGUUUCCUUUCAUUCAGUGUUAAUAGCAGCAUUGUUUAUUUGUCCUUACAAAAGCAACAAAUCCCUUGAUAAAGUGAAUCCACAUAUCAGACCCAGUUUUAGGAUUUUUCCUUGGCAGUUAUACAUUAUUAUAUACUGUAUAGUGACAUUGGUCAACAUUACAGAAAUUUACUUGUAAUUGCAUUGACCUCAAAUUGGAAAUGCGCUACAUUAUCCACACAAAUUAUUUAACAUUAAUUACUAGGAAAUGAAAUAGGAAUUUAUAGAUUAUUUUCUUCCUAUUUAAAUUACAAAAGAAAAAUGUCAGAAAAAAGAAGAAAAUGAAAAUGCCAUUAAUCAUUUGAUUUCCACAACAUGUCUGCAAAGUACAUAAAAAGUCAUUUAAAAAAUAAAAGUAAAUUCUCACAUUUUUAUUUUCACAGUGACGUCAUCAUUGCUUUAAAAUUCCAAUGUAAACUGCAAUUGAUAAUUGAUGACAUUCCAUUUUCA